AUGGGGCCUCCCACCGAACAGAGUGCUGAACUUUGUGUCGCUGAUCUAUUGAUACAAGAAGGAAUGCGGUGGAACCGCAGGAAAAUACAACCGGUACUUCCGGAAUACGAAGAACAGAUCCUAAGCUUGAAACCAAGUUUAACAGGGGUAUCAGACAAGCUUAUUUGGUUGAGUACUAAAUCUGGAGAUUAUUCUGUUAAAUAUGGAUAUUAUGUUGCGGUGGAAAGCGACGUUCAGAUCGCUGGGGCAGAUACGGAGUUUGAUUGGUCCAAGAAUGUCUGGAAGCUGGACUGUGCCCCGAAGGUGAAGCUCUUCUCCUGGAAAUUGCUCAAAGGUGCCCUGCCUGUUGGAGAACGGCUAAUUGAACGACACAUUGAAGUAGACCCGACAUGUAAACGUUGCGGAUGCAAUGAAUCUAUCAUUCAUCUCCUCUUCCAAUGUCAGUUUGCACAAAAGGAAACCCUCUCCUCCGCUAUCAGGCUGGCUCGAGAGUGGAAUAAGGACAGUAAAUCAGAGACUUCUGGCCAGAUACGAAACAGACGAGUGGAACUUCCAACACCAAAUGGAGCGACGAUUGUGAGAUCGGACGCGGCGUGGAGUGGGAAUGGGAAUGUGGCAGGUCUAGGCUGGAUUAUCAUUGAUCCGACACAGCAUAAAGAAUUCCAACGAAGAAUGGAGUACAUUGCGUCACCUCUAAUGGCUGAAGGAUUAGCAUUGAGAGAAGCUGUUCUCACCUGCUUAGAAUUGGGGCUGCGGAACAUCAAGAUGAAGUCGGAUUCGGCUCAACUAAUCAAGUGCCUCAACACAGGGGAACAUGUAGCGGAGCUACACAAUGUUUUGUCUGAUAUCCUCUUAUUGUCGUCUGGCCUUGUGCCUGUUUCUUUUGCUUGGUUACUUCGAGAGAAGAAUGUAGAAGCUGAUACUUUGGCAAAGUGUGCCUUGAAUGUAGUUGAACCUCUGUUGGUUGGGGAGACAGUUAUUGCUCCCAACUAA